AUGCCUUUAAAGGCCGUCCCUCUGCUUGGAAGAAAGCUGUGUUUUUGUCCAUUGAAGCCACACCCACAACAAGUCGGACGUCUUCUGGAACGAUGUCGCCGUGAGAAGAUAUGCGGGGGAGAGCGACGGAUUCAGGAUUGUUGGCGACAAACAUUUGGAAAAUGUGGAGACGACUAUUCAGUGUGA